AUGUCGGGCGUCGCCGAGGCAAGCCUAGUGCUGGGCCUGAUUUCGUCCAUCAUCGCGAUCUACGAAGGGGCUCACGAGAUCUACGAAGCCGCGAGCGACGUCAAAGGCCUCCCUCGAAAGUUCCAACUGGCCGCCGAGCAGAUCCCCUUGGUGCUCCACGCCCUCGGUCUUGCGGAACAGAAUAUCAAAGGCAACGCGGUGAGCCCGGAUGCGCUGCAGAGUGCGAAGCCAAUCCUCGAACGAUGCAAGGAGAGUGCCGCGGAGGUGAAGGACAUCUUCGACAAGACCAUACCAUCUAAAGACGCCUCGAGGACGGAGCGGUACAAGAAGGCAGUAGGAAUCAAGUUGAAGAGUAAGAAGGUGAAAGAGAGCAUGGAAGAGGUGGUGAAGAAUAUGGAACUCCUCGUGCAACAUCAAGUGUUUCAAGAUGCUGAGACGCUCAAGUAUAUUCAGGACGCCGUGGAACAGUUGAGUCAUCUUCCCGACGAUGAGCCACCAUCUCAGUUUGCACACUCGGGCGCAGGGCCACUGAAUGUCCAUCAGGGAAUGGGUAAUUUGGAGAGCUACAGCCACUCGGGAUCUGGUCACAUUAAUAAGGCGGAAACACAAUAUAUCGGGACAAAUCCAGUGCACCACCAUUACCCUCCUCGAGAGAAGGCAGACUUUAGCUUUCGCAAGCCUGUCGGAGUCUGUCUUGGUCAAGUGUCUCGCAUCGACACGGAACUUUUUAUCGGGCGCAAAUCUGAGCUCGAAGCGAUCAAAAGCACUCUACAGCCAGAGGAUCAGUCUCCUCAGCGACGACAACUAGUUUUGGGAGGUCCCGGUGGAAUCGGGAAGACGCAGUUGGCUGUCGCUUACGCCCAACGCCAACACCAACACCAAGUCUACGAUUCGGUGCUCUGGUUCGAUGCGACCACCGAGAUGACGCUGAAGGGCAGUUUCCGAUCGAUGGCCGAAGCGAUCUUCGGCAUUUCGGACCCUGGAGUUCUUGAGGGCCAGCAGAUUCUGAUCCAAGUCCGUCAAUGGCUAUCAGAUCCCAAGAAUACUCGAUGGUUAUUGAUCUACGACAACUACGACGACCCGGGACAAUUCAAAAUCGAGAUGUAUUACCCUUUUCGCUCUCACGGAGCGAUCAUUGUAACGACACGUCGACCCGACCUCGUCAACGGAGAGCUAGUCCGUUUACAACCGAUUCAGGAUGUUAAGGAAAGUCUAAAGAUCUUACAGACUCGAUCGAGACGGGAAGGCGUCCUGUUUGAUCCUGCUGCAAAACGUCUAGCGGAGCGACUAGACGGUCUCCCACUGGCGUUAGCCACCGCGGGGGCAUACCUAUCUCAGAGCACCUUUACGUUUGAGCGGUACCUUCAGGAAUACGAACGACGCUGGAAUAUCGACUCACGACGACCCCUCCAGCUCCAAGAGUAUCAGGAUCGAACACUAUGCACGACCUGGGAUCUAUCCUAUACUCGUCUCGAGAGCGAGGACCCUGACGCCGCGAAACUCUUGAAACUGCUUGCCUACUUCGACCAUCAGAACUUAUGGUAUGAGUUGUUUCUAGGUGGACUUGCCGAGGACACUCCAGGCUGGCUUCAGAAGGUGAUGAUAGACGACAUUGAAUUUGAGGGCAUCAUGCGAACACUGAAAGAUUACUGUUUUUUGGAAGUACAAACAACACUACAAUCAUGGAGUAUACAUGCCUGCAUUCACGAUUGGACAUUCGCUAUACUAAACAAAACGAUUGACGUGCAGGAUUACUGUUAUGCUUUCGACUGUGUUGCCGCCUCCAUCGACGAGGAUGACUUGGAUUCUCUGGGUCACCUUAAAUACGCUCGCCUGGCUGCUCAUGGAACGUUCCUGGUACAAGAACGCUUUCGUCGAAAUAAGGUCACGGAAAAUAUUAGUUCCCAUCGAUUUGAGAAAGCUAUCAAGGUUUCGGAAUUACUGGCACAACAAGUACAACUAGAAGCAGCAGAGCAAAUGUACCUCCUUACACUGGCUGGGUACGAGAAGGCGCUAGGAGUGGACCACACGUCGACCCUUAACACCGUCAACAAUCUCGGGAGUCUCUAUCGUGACCAAGGUAAGCUGGGCGCGGCGGAGAAGAUGUAUCAACGGGCGCUGGCUGGGAAGGAGAAGGCGCUGGGAAUGGACCACACGUCGACCCUUUACACCGUCAACAAUCUCGGGAGUCUCUAUCGUGACCAAGGCAAGCUAGGCGCGGCGGAGAAGAUGUAUCAACGGGCGCUGGCUGGGAAGGAGAAGGCGCUAGGAGUGGACCACACGUCGACCCUCAACACCGUCCACAAUCUCGGCAUUCUCUAUAGUGACCAAGGCAAGCUAGGCGCGGCGGAGAAGAUGUAUCAACGGGCGCUGGCUGGGGAGGAGAAGGCGCUGGGAGUGGACCACACGUCGACCCUCAGCACCGUCAACAAUCUCGGCGUUCUCUAUUGUGACCAAGGUAGACUAGACGCGGCGGAGAAGAUGUAUCAACGGGCGCUGGCUGGGUACGAGAAGGCGCUAGGAGUGGACCACACGUCGACCCUACAGACCUUAGUCAACAUGGGAACCCUAUUGUGUCUACAGCAAGAGCUGUCCAAAGCUGAGAGUGUGUACCAAGAUACAGUGUCUCGAUUCACACAUUCGCUGGGACCAGAUCAUAUUGAAACCCUUGGCACAGUGAACAAUUUGGCUAAUGUCUACUGCGAGCAGGGUAGACUGUUGGAAGCUGAAGAACGUUACGAACAAGCUUCACUCGGGAUCAGGAGAGCUCUGGGUCAAGAUCACUACUUUGUCUGGGGGGUGAUCAACAAUUGCGGGCUCUUAAAAGUUGAGCAAGGCAAUUUCGAUGUUGCCCGGCGAAUGUAUCAGGAAGCACAAGCUGGGCUCGAAAGCUCGCUCGGACCGGAGCAUCCACACACUAAAAUGGUGUGCUAUAACCUAAGACAGCUGGAAUUGACGGAAAUGCAGGCUGGUGCUACGGGACUUUCCAGCAUUGGGGAAGCGAGUAAUGUUGAUGAUAUCCGUCGACGGUGGUAUUAUUGA